AUGGGUAUCUCUCGCGACUCUAGACACAAGCGUUCAGCCUCUGGCGCUAAAAGAUCUUAUUACCGGAAGAAGCGCGCUUUCGAAGCCGGCCGUCAAGAGUCCAACACCCGUAUAGGAAACAAGAGAAUCCAUCUAGUUCGUACACGUGGUGGAAACCGUAAAUUCCGUGCACUUCGUCUAGAUUCAGGUAACUUUUCUUGGGCCUCUGAAGGUGUCGCACGCAAGGUUCGCGUUAUCGUUGUCGUUUUCCAUCCCUCCAACAACGAACUUGUCCGAACAAACACCCUCACCAAAUCUGCAAUUGUUCAAGUUGAUGCAGCACCUUUCAGGCAGUGGUACGAGGCUCAUUACGGUCAGGCACUAGGUCGGAAACGUCAACAGAAGACUGCACAGGAAGUAGCAGAGCCUACGAAAAAGAGCAAAUCUGUUGAGAAAAAGCACUCUGAUAGACUCGCUACCCAAGGAAAAGUCGACCCAGCUCUAGAAAAACAGUUUGAAGCUGGUCGUCUAUUUGCCGUUGUGUCUUCAAGACCUGGGCAAAGUGGACGUUGUGAUGGUUACAUUUUGGAAGGUGAAGAACUCGCUUUCUAUCAGAGGCAAUUAAGGAAGUAG